AUGGCCGCCGAAGACAGCGCCACAGAGGUCGGCUCAAUUGGCUCGCGCCACAAGGCCACCGUCGACACCACCCCUGCGCCGGCCUCACUCUACGACGUCUCCGAGAAGAAGCCCGCCGCCGAUGAGGCCGUCACCGAGCAGACGACCGGCGAAAAGGAUGCCGCGCCGACAGCGACCCCCGACGAGGACGACGGUGUCGAGUACCCGGUCGCCUGGAAACUGGGUCUCAUCACCAUUGCCCUCUGCCUGUCCGUCUUUUGCGUCGCACUGGACAACACCAUCAUCGCCACCGCCAUCCCCCGCAUCACCGACGAGUUCAAGGGCUCCGUCCAGGACAUUGGCUGGUACGGCGCCGCCUACCUGCUCACCACCUGCGCUGUGCAGCUCAUCUUCGGCAAGCUCUACACUUUUUACUCGGUCAAAUGGGUGUACCUCGGCGCCAUCCUGCUCUUUGAAGUCGGUUCCCUCGUGUGCGGCGCGACCCCGACCUCCGUCGGCCUCAUCAUCGGCCGCGCCAUCGCCGGCCUCGGCUCCGCAGGCAUCUUCUCCGGCGCGCUGCUCAUCGUCAGCCGCUCCGUGCCGCUGCGCCAGCGGCCCGUCUACAUGGGCCUCAUCGGCGCCGUCUACGGCCUAGCCUCCGUCGCCGGCCCGCUCAUGGGCGGCGCCUUCACCGACAAGGUCACCUGGCGCUGGUGCUUCUACAUCAACCUCCCCUUUGGCGCCGUCACCGUCUUCUUCAUCAUUCUCUUCCUGCACCUGCCCGACGCCAAGACGCAGCUGAAAAACACCACCUGGAAGCAGCAGCUCAUCUCCUUUGACCUCGAGGGCACCUUCUGCUUCAUCCCGGGCAUCGUCGCCCUGCUUCUUGCCCUGCAGUGGGGCGGCUCCAAGUACCCUUGGGCCAACGGCCGCAUCAUCGGCCUGUUUGUCGUCUUUGCCGUCCUCAUCGCCGCUUUCGUCGCCAUCCAGAUCUGGAAGGGCGACCAGGCGACCGUGCCCCCGCGCAUCUUCAUGAACCGCACCGUCUGGGCAUGCUCGACCUUUGUCAUUUGCCUCGGCGCCGCCUUCUUCAUCAUGGUGUACUACCUGCCCAUCUGGUUCCAGUCUAUCCAGGGCAGCUCCGCCGUCAACUCGGGCAUCAAGAGUCUGCCGCUGAUUCUAGGGCUCGUCAUCCUGUCCAUGAUUUCCGGCGGCUUCGUCAGCGCGCUCGGCUACUACACGCCCUUUAUGAUCGCGUCGGCUGUGCUCAUGGCCGUCGGCGCCGGGCUGCUCUCGACGCUGCAGAUUGACUCGGGCCGCAACGCGUGGAUCGGUUACCAGUGCAUCUUUGGCUUCGGCGUCGGCCUCGGCAUGCAGCAGCCCAUGGUGGCCAUGCAGGCCUCGCUCGAGGCCGCCGAGAUCGCCGUCGGCACCGCCAUCAUCAUCUUCUCCCAGACCCUCGGUGGCGCCCUCUUCAUCUGCGUCGCCCAAAACGUCUUCCAGAAUAAGCUCAAGGAAAUCAUCGAGGCCGCCGGCAUCCCCGGCCUGACCCUCGAGGCCGUCAACUACGUCGGCGCCACUGGCGUCCGCACGCAUUUCCAGGGCGAGGCCCUCACCGUCGUCCUGGCCGCCUACAACACGGCCAUUACCAACUGCUUUUACGUCGCCGUCGCACUCGCCACGCUGUCCAUUGUUGGCGCCGUAUUUACGCCCUGGAACUCGGUCAAGGGCAAGAAGAUUGAGAUGGCUGCCGCGUGA